GGUUCAAGUUUCCUGCUGAAUAUUUGGAGUUAUCUCAAUUCGGGGCGGAGAUUUUCUCUACGUUACCAGUUUAGUUUCAGUUGAGUCCACCACACGCUUUCCCUUCUCUUUCUCUUUCUCUCUCUAGGGUUUCACAGUUUGGGGCUUCUUCUCACAUGGUCCUGUUUUGUCCCCAAUCUGUUCGAUCUCCGGUUACAGCUCCUUCUCCUGUCUUGUUCCUGUUCCUCUUCCGGUUCCGGAUCUAGCCCCUCAGGUCAAACUGGGACUCAACCGAGGAGCCAAGUUCUGGAAAGACCGAAUCCGCCGAUUCACGAUGGAUGGGUCUUGGACUGCAGCUGUGAUGCGCCGAAUCCACGAGCGUGUAGUUGGGUCCAGCCGUGCAGCUCCCAUCUCCUCAUCCAGUGAUGUUUGGCUUCUCGGUGUGUGCUACAAUUUCGACGAGUCCGAGUCGUCUCCUUUGGCGUUCGAGCAGGAUUUCUCGUCGAGGAUCUUGAUGACGUAUAGGAGAGGAUUCGAUUUGAUAGAGGGUGGAGAUUCCAAGUUUACGAGUGAUGUGAAUUGGGGGUGUAUGAUUCGGAGCAGCCAGAUGCUUGUGGCGCAGGCAUUGCUUUUCCACAGGCUGGGAAGAUCUUGGAGGCGGCCUGUGGACAAGUCUUGCGGAUUGGAACAAGAGUAUGUUAAGAUCCUGCGGCUGUUUGGUGAUUCCGAAGCUGCGGUGUUCUCAAUUCAUAACUUGAUUCAGGCGGGCAAGGGUUAUAACCUUGCUGCAGGGUCGUGGGUUGGCCCUUAUGCCAUGUGCCGGUCUUGGGAGACUCUUGUGUGCAAGCAGAGGGAGGCUGAGGGGGCGGCAGAAGCGGCUCGGGAGCUUGAUGAUCAGCCACUGCCAAUGGCUGUUUACAUUGUUUCUGGAGACGAAAAUGGGGAGAGAGGCGGUGCUCCGGUUGUGUGUAUUGAAGAUGCAUCUAGACAUUGUUUGGAGUUCUCGAGAGGUCGAGUUGAUUGGACCCCGAUUCUUUUGCUGGUUCCUUUGGUUCUUGGACUCGAAGAACUCAAUCCCAGGUACAUUCCAUCCUUGCGAGCUACAUUUACCUUUCCUCAAAGUGUUGGCAUCAUGGGUGGCAAACCUGGUGUAUCCACUUACAUUAUUGGAGUGCAAGAUGAAAAUGCUAUUUACCUUGAUCCGCAUCAAGUUCAGCCUGUAAUCGAUUUGAGUAGGAAUGAUUCAGAGGUAGUUGAUAGUGAUGCUACUGCAUCUUACCACUGCAAUGUUAUACGCCACAUUCCUUUAGAUACGAUUGAUCCAUCCUUGGCGAUUGGAUUCUAUUGCCGUGACAAAGAUGAUUUUGAUGAUUUUUGUCUACGAGCUUCGAAACUGGCAGAUGAAUCAAAUGGUGCUCCACUGUUUACUGUGACAGCUGAGACACAAAAUGUGUCCAGGCCACCUAGCCAGAGUGGUGAGGGUUUGGGUGAUAAUGCUGGAGAUCAAAACAAUGAAGAUGUCGAUGCAGAUGGAAGCGCACAUGAAGAAGAUGAUUGGCAACUCCUUUGAAUUCAAAUGAAUAUGGGGUCUGGCAACCUUGUAUAUUAGUUAGGAAGCAUUAGGAAGGUGUUCUAUAAUCUUCUAAAUUGUCUAUUUCUUGCCCAUUGCAAUGAAUCCCUUUAGUUAUUUGAAUGUA